AGCAUGGAAAAACUUGUACUCUGCAGAUUUUACACCAAGCUUGUGCACAUUUUGUGUCCGCAUACUCAUGGAAGGUAGUCUCUGGAAGACUAGGAUUCAGAAUGUAUUGAAGCUUGAGACUGAGUUCCAUUUUCUGGAGAGUUUGCUAACAGUGUGACAGAUCUAAAGUUAAUAGAACCCAAGCCAUUAGCUGUCAUUGUAUUAUUUAUUUAGUUCCAAAAAAAUUGCAAAGUUUCAAAAGUGUGACUUCAGCUAUUUCAUUGCAAAAAUUGCAUUUAAUUAUUCAUUCUUUGUCUUAAUUGUAGUGUGUUAAAGUUAAAAACAAUAAUGGAUUUUGGACGUAUUGAACGAGGGGGCCAUAUCAGUUUGGGAAUACCCAGCACAAAUCCUGGAACGGGAGCCAAGGGAUCACUCGGUAUUGCACCCGGUGUCCUGGUAAAGGAUGCCAAAAAAGCUUACGGGAAUAGACCUCCUAUCCUACUGGAUUACAAUAUGACCGUACCUAGAGGAACGAUAUAUGGGCUCCUCGGCAGCAGUGGAUGUGGAAAAACAACAAUACUUUCGUGCAUUGUGGGCCUUCGUAAACUUGACGAAGGAAAAAUUUUAGUUUGUGGUGCCAAACCUGGGACAAGAGAAAGUGGAAUACCCGGGCCUCGAGUGGGUUAUAUGCCUCAGGACAUUUCAUUGUAUUCCUACAUGACCAUCAAGGAGAUCCUGCAAUACUACGGCAGGAUAUACGGGAUGACCCAAGAGAACAUUGAACAACGCCUGGGGUAUUUGUCGGGCUUACUAGAAUUACCUGAAGCUUCACGAAUUAUUGCGACGUUGAGCGGGGGACAACAGCGCCGUACUAGCCUAGCUGUAGCUUUAGUACACCAGCCAGAAUUAUUAAUCUUAGAUGAACCUACGGUGGGAGUGGAUCCGAUGCUCCGCGAGUCUAUUUGGGAGCAUCUCUCCAACCUUGUGAGAACCAAGAAAACAACGGUGAUAGUUACAACCCACUAUAUCGAAGAAACGAGAACAGCGCAUACGGUUGGACUUAUGAGAAAUGGCCGAUUGCUAACAGAGAAAGCUCCAAAUGCGUUACUAAUAGAAUAUCAAGCCGAUCUGCUUGAGGACAUUGUCCUAAAACUUUGUCGAAAAGACGAACUAAAUCUACCCAGUACUGUGGGAGACCCAACCAAUGAAGUUUCCCAAGCAUUGCAAGAAAUUUCCUUCUACACGGGGAACAAAAACUUGACGGUCAGAGGAGGCCACAAGCCCGACCCUUCCAUCACUGGGGACAGAAGUCCUAUCGUCGGACUAAAAUUUAAGAGGAGGUUCACAGAGGAGAACAUGACGGGAAACAACAGAGGGAGGAGUUUAAAACGCCAACAAUCUGUAGCAGAAUUUGUGCAGGAAGCCGCGCAAGAUUACUUUUACUCUAGGGGUGACCGAAUCAGGGCUCUCAUUCAUAGAAAUUACAUUACAUUAUUUCGAAACUACAUGUUCGCCGUGAUGGUUAUGUGCAUUCCUGCCAUCCAGAUCAUUGUAAUAAACUUAAUUAUUGGUAAUGAGCCAAAGCACAUGAGUGUCGGUUUAGUGAAUCAUGAAAUUGGUCAAGUCAAUGAAACGGGGGGAAUGGCUUGUCCGUAUUCUGCCGGAUGUUUGGCAAGCGGUGCUGGGUGUAAGUACGUAUCCUCUUUACCAGAAGAACAAGUCAUAAUGUCCAAUUUUGAUUCAGAAGAGGAUGGUCUUUUUGCAAUAAAAAGCGGCAAAAUUUGGGGUUACUUAUCAAUCCCAGAAAAUUUUACAGAGUAUUUGCGUCUUCGAGGUCUUCACAGAAAUUUUGCAGAUGAAGAAACGAUUACAGGCUCAACAAUUUCUAUCAAGAUGGAUAUGUCGAACUUCCUCGCUGGUUCUUUGUUGGUUCGAAUAUUUUAUGAAAAUUAUCAAAAGUUUAUCCAAAAUAUUGCAAUGGAUUGCCAACAAAGUGCUGCUGUUGCUGAACUCCCACUGCAUUAUCGACCGAUUUAUGGCGAUUUAGAGACCGGCUUUAAAGAAUUCAUCGGACCUGCUGCCUUAAUAGUAAUUUUAUACUUUGUGCCAUUGGCUUCAGGAGGGAUAGCAUAUAUUCAGGAUAAGAAACAAGGCACGCUGGACAGAUCUAUGGUGGCAGGAGUGACCGCGUUCGAUGUAAUCGCAGCAUUCAUGGUCACCGAAGGAAGUUUGGUCGUCUUUCAAGUUGUGCUUUCAUUCAUCAUCAUGGUUUUUGGUUUUGGUCUCACGAUACAGGGUUCAUCCAUUCUAUUCUUUUUCCUUCUUCUACUGAAUGGGAUCUCAGGUUUGUCGCUUGGAUUUCUUAUUGCAAUGCUUGUAAAUGAGGAAAUGGAGGCCGUGAUAAUUACCCUUGGCCUUUACACCCCAAUUCUAAUUUUAUCAGGAAUUAUUUGGCCCUUGGAAGGGACAGCUUUCGGGGUUAAAGUGUUAUCUCACUGUCUUCCCUCAACUUAUCCCACGGAAGCAAUCCGAUCAAUCGUUAAUCGCGGGUGGGGCAUUUCCUCGAGUCAUGUCUGGCCUGGGUUCGCCAUGCUGUUCGGCUGGUGUGUCCUUUCCUGGAUUUUGACUGCGAUAGCUCACAGACGACAAAACAAGUAGCGUGUGGUAUUUAGUUAGGUAGUUAAUUACUCGUAAAGUUUUUGCAUUUUAAUUAAAAAAGAUUAUAAUAGUUCCUAUUUGUAAUGCAUUGUACAUUUAUUAGUUAAAUCUUGUCAAUAAAAGCUAUUGGUAAUACGAUGAA